AUGGGAGAGGUCAUGACGGAAAAUCCUGUGAACCAGGUUCUGCCUCACCGCAAACAAAUGCCAUCGUCCAUACCAAACAUCGAUUCCCUGGAGGGUCUAGGAACAGAUGGCACCGAUGAAUACUCAACGAUGAAGAAGCUCCAACGGCAUCUAGAAUAUAUUCAUCUUCAAGAAGAGUACAUCAAGGAUGAGCAACGAAGCUUGAAGAGAGAGCUUGUGCGUGCGCAGGAGGAAAUCAAGCGGAUUCAGAGUGUGCCGUUGGUAAUUGGACAGUUUAUGGAGGCUAUCGACCAAAACACUGGCAUCGUACAGUCCUCGACUGGAUCUAACUAUGUUGUCCGAAUUCUCUCUACUCUCGACCGCGAGAAGCUCAAGCCAUCAUCCUCCGUCGCUCUCCACAGACAUUCCAACUCCCUCGUCGACAUUCUCCCACCUGAAGCUGAUUCUUCUAUUGCCAUGUUGGGUGCUGAUGAGAAGCCGGACGUCACGUACGCGGACGUUGGUGGCUUGGACAUGCAAAAACAGGAAAUCCGCGAGGCAGUAGAGCUCCCUCUCACUCACUUCGACCUCUACAAACAAAUUGGUAUCGAUCCCCCCCGCGGUGUACUCCUCUACGGCCCUCCGGGAACGGGAAAGACUAUGUUGGUCAAGGCUGUCGCAAAUUCUACCACUGCAAACUUCAUCCGAGUGGUUGGAUCUGAGUUCGUGCAGAAAUACUUGGGAGAAGGUCCUCGGAUGGUUCGAGACGUGUUCCGUAUGGCCCGCGAGAACUCCCCAGCAAUUAUCUUCAUUGAUGAGAUCGACGCCAUUGCCACCAAGAGAUUCGACGCCCAGACCGGUGCAGAUAGGGAGGUGCAGAGAAUCCUGCUAGAGUUGCUCAACCAAAUGGACGGUUUCGACCAAACGUCCAAUGUCAAGGUCAUCAUGGCCACAAACCGAGCCGACACCCUGGAUCCUGCCCUUCUGCGUCCUGGACGUCUGGACAGAAAGAUCGAAUUUCCCAAUCUCCGAGACCGAAGAGAGAGGCGUUUGAUCUUUACCACUAUCGCAUCAAGGAUGUCCCUGGCUCCUGAGGUCGAUCUCGACAGUCUCAUCGUCCGAAACGAUCCCCUGAGUGGUGCUAUCAUUGCAGCAAUCAUGCAAGAGGCUGGGUUGAGAGCAGUCCGCAAGAACAGGUACAACAUUAUUCAGGUCGAUUUGGAGGAUGCAUACUCUAGUCAAGUCAAGGGCUCGCAGGAGAAAGACAAGUUUGAUUUCUACAAAUCCCGCCUCCUUGCGAUUGUUUCUCCGCCCUCCACCCGGCCCCCCGUUGUCGCCCGUCCUCAACAACACACCAUGGCGGACUCUAACAAACGGAAAGAGAGACCGAGAGGUGAUGGAGAUGGCCGAGACAGCAAGAAAAGUAAGCGAGGAAAUGGUGGGAAAUGGCAAACGCCACAUCAGAAAGCAAAAAUUGCUCUUCGCGGAAGUGGGCAUAUUGAACCUGGCAACAGCGGGAUCUGGGCAACAUGCGCGAAGAACCAAGAAGGAAGAGCAACGGAAGAGCUGAAGGUGAUGUUUGACGAAGCAUGUUCCCCAUGUGCUGAGCGCUUCUAUGGCAUCAAGCCGAAUUCCGAAAAGGAAGACGAUGAUGAAGACGACAUCGAAGCAUCCAUUCAAAAAGAACUUGCCGCUAUGGACAGCAAGAAAGGCGAGACAAAACUGUUCUCACCAGUUCAUCUCGAUAUCCCAUGUGUCCUCUUCUUCAAGACCCGGUCACCGAUCGAUCCAAUCGACUUUGUUCACAAGAUCUGCGAAGAGAUUGUUGCGAACCCAGGUGUACGGAGAAUGAAGUAUGUCAACCGAUUGACUCCGAUGACGCUGAUGGCGAAGGCAACCGAGAAAGGUCUCGAGGAUCUGGGAAGGACUGUACUUGGCGAACACUUCAACAUGGUUGAGCAAGCCGUCCAUGAAGACGAUGCGAAAAAUGAGACCUCUGAGGCGAAGCCAAAUCAUUCGUACGCUAUUCGCCCGUCAACGAGAGCCCACACCGCCCCUCUUAGACGAGAUUAUCUCAUCAAAUCGAUAGCAUCCUUGAUAUCAGAUGUGCACAAGGUUGAUCUCACAGCUUCGGACAGGAUUAUUGUGGUCGAGGUUUAUCAGUCCGUCUGCGGAAUGAGUGUGCUGGGUAGUGACUGGGAAACACUCAAGCGAUACAACAUCGCCGAACUCUACAAAAAAGAUAAGCUAAAUGAAACGCCUAGUCCGAAGGACGAAGUUAGUGCACAAAUCGCAACACAAUUCCAGGCCGAACUUUGA